CCGAGCGCCGCGCACGCGCACUUCAGUGAUGCGCCGACAUGGCCGACGCCGAGCGAGUGGACACGUACGACGCGCGAGUUACCACCGCCACGGUGUCCAGCCUCAAGUCCGAGGACUCCACCGAGCAGCUCAUAUGCAAGACGCCGCAGAAGAAAGUUAAGAAAGUGACCAAAGACAAGAGUGUGAGUUCUAAGAGUGUUGAAGCAGGCAGUGAUGAACCUGACAGGCGGCGCCUCGUCGUCUUCCUGGGGCUUGGCCAGGUGGUUCUCGGCGCCCUGUUGGUGGGCGCCGGGGCGCUGGCCGUGGUGAAGGGCGCCGCACUGUCGCGCGUGGGCGCCGGGCUGUGGGCGGGCUGCGUGGCCGUGGUGGCCGGGGUGGUCGGAGUGCUCGCCGGCAUCAACGACUGCUAUGGACUGAAUGCCGCCAGCUCUGGAAGUCCCCUGCUGACGGCGUUCCUGGCGCUAUCGCUGCUGUGCCUGGCGUGCGGUAACAGCGCCGCGGUGCUGGCCGCCACCGGCCUGCAGCGCGACUCGCUGCGCCAGCCCACCACGCCCGCCAGCUUCGAAGAUGAGAUGGAAGCAUGGACGCCGGUGCUCACAAACAUCGCGCUGCUGAUCAUCGCGAGCGCGCACUGUCUGCUGUGCAUCAUCAGUAUCUACCACCUGUCAAAGCGGGUGUGUCCCUGCUUCCGGCCCAAGCAAGCCUUCGAGCACAACCAGUUCGAUCCUGCCUUCAAGCCCGUCCAGCAGUACGUGGUGACGGUGGACGAGGUGAAGAAGGCGCACGAUGUGGAGCGCGUGCGCAACCACGAGCUCUGCAAAGAGUUGGAAGUGAAGCUACAGGGAGACAGUAAUAAGAAGAAGGAGGAGCCAGAGUACGGCAGCGCGAACAGCAAAGAGAAGCUGGUGACGCGGUGGCUGGGGCGCCAGCAAGCGCCGGCGGCGGUACUGGGGGCGCCAGCCGCGGCGGUGCCUGCCGCCCGGCGCCGCGGCGUGCGCAAGCAGAGGAAGCCGCCGCCGCUGGUGCUGCUGCCCGCACACCCUGCCAGCACGCUGGGGCGCGUGCCCGCCGCGUGUGUGGUGAUGCCGCCGCGGUACGCCACGCUGCCGCUGCCGCCCGCCACCUACGCGCCCGGCCCCGUCUACUACCCUGUACAUGAUGCUCGCAUGCGCCGUCGUAGAUCGCCGCGCGCGACCACGGAGCGGCGUCGUCGCGAGGGUCGUGAGCGCGACUCGCAGCUGGCGCGCUCGCUGGAGAGGAUCCACCGCAAGCGGCGCGCUGACCGCGACCAUAUCACCGACGCAGACCUCAAGCGAACCUACACCGGUCUUGAUAGGGCCUACGCGGAGCAGUUUAUAGCAGUAUGUGACGAGAGCCGGCACGCGGCGGAGCAGCACGACUCGCUGGCGAGCACCUCCGCCACCAGCGACACCAGCCACUCACACCACGACCUCGCCUAACUCUACUACACUGCGUCGCUCAUAGCAGGGGUGUUACGGGUGUACGACUACCAUCAUGUCGACAGAUUUCAGACACCGAUAUAACAUUAUUUCGGGAUAUCCGACAGUUUCGGAACUCCAUAACAUUUCUACUACACUUGAGUCAACAUUAAACUUGUUUCGCUGUAAAAAUACAAGCCUGUCAGAUUUCGGUCAACUGAAUGAAAUACGAACAUGUAAAUGAAUACGAGCAUUAGUACGUUAGUCAAUAAGAGAUUCAUAUAAUACUCUUAGUUUAGGGAACUAACUGUCUAAGCAUAUCAUACCAAACUUAACAACUUUAGCUUAGUAAGGUCGCAAUACGUUAAGUUAAACUGUAAAUAAUUUACUAACUUUAAGUAACAUACGAAUUUAUGAUACAUUUAUCUUUUGUCAUUCAUUCUUCUCUCACUUUCUGAUAGUCAAUACAGACUUACACAAUAUAAUGUAGGAUAGAGAGAACAAUAUCUAAUAUAUCUGAACAACAUGCUACACCGGCACUAUCCGCACCAUGCCAUUGUUAAACACUUUUUUUAAGGGGGGAAAAUAAUCAAAUGCCUUCUCCCGCCUUGGUGAGGCGGGAUCAGUGUCAGACUCUUACUGACUGAAAACCACCCCGUUCCUUAUCCUGCACUUCGAGCCGGAGCCCUGGUAACCUGCUAGGUUCGCGGCUCCAUUGUUGAACACUUUAAUAAAGAUUUAAAAUAGCGACGGUCUAAUUAGACAAUCACUAUUUUCGAUACUUAUUACUACGAAAUAAUUAGGUAAAACAUGUUUCCCUUGAAAUAAUCGUCAUCUGUCAUCAACACUGGAAUCAUUCACUUCAUUGUUUCACAUUGUGUCAUCAAUCCUUCAUCUUAGUACUAAUAUUUUACUAACACUUUACUAAUGAAUUGUAAACUUGUACGUAUCGUCAAAUAUCUGUGUUAUAUUCUACUUUAAGUCUUAUUUAUCUAGCUCUUAGUCAUUAUACUAUAAGUUUGGCCGUUCGCGUCCACCCACCAGUUUGCGUUCAUUAUACGGAUCUCCAUGAAUGUCAGAUGAAAGGAUCAAACAGGUGUGUACUAAAUACUACUUGUAUAUAGUGAUAGUUUUCUUAUUGUCGGAAGUUUUAAAGGGCGUUCCGUAACAUGGACGCGAACUAGUUGGUGGACGCGAACAGGCGAACUUAUUCUACGUGAAUUAUUUCUCAUAGAAACAUUUGUGAAAUUGUAUCGUCUGUUCCGAUGAUCCUAAUAAACAUGAGAUGUACUACACAAGUAAGUUUAGUUAUUACACGAUGUAGAUAUAAUGUCGAGUAUACGUUUGUACAUAUAUUGUCAAAGUCCUAUGUACCUAAACGGUGCCAAAUUGCGAACCCUACGAUUGGUUUAAAUAUAUACUAACAUCCAAAUUGUUGCUCAAUAUUUCCAUGUUAUUGGUUGAUUGUUAAGUAAUUAGAUACUUACAUUUAUUUUAUUUUCUAUUAAGUUAUUUAUAAAUAUUUCAUAGUGUAUAUUUUUGUAGCUUUUCAACUAAUUAAGGGUCCUUUUCCUAAGGUCUCUAUGGGAGCAGUUACGACAGGAAAAGAGCCCUUUGUUUUAAAUAACUUGGUCUAAUUUUAUCCAGUUCUAAAGUAAACUUAUUAUAGACCACAAAGCUCCAUGAGUUGAUUGAAGUUUUGUUUAAAUUCUUUUUGUAAAAUCUUACGGUAUCCAGUCCAUACGUAAACUAGAUGUAAGCUCGUUUAGACAUUAAUCUAGAUAUGUUUUGUACUUAUUCUUUGUAACACAAAUACUUAGAGACUGUAAUAUAUACCUGUGUGUAAAUAAGCUCACAAUGAGAUGUAUCAUACUAUGUUGUACGUUAAGCUAAGUCUACGGGGUGAGGGAGUAUUGUGUCUUGUGACUGCUCGUCUGUCUCAAACUGUUGGCUAGGAAGGGUUAUUUAUUAUGAACGGAUAUUGCUUGGGGGAUGCGACGAAUAAACAUUACUUUUUAUA